AUGACUUCCGCCGUAGAAGAGCCGAAACAAAACGAAGAUUAUUAUACAACGACGGAGUUUGAGAGUGAAUUCACAACCGAAACAAGCUUCCUGGAAGAGAGUGAAGCUCAUGACACACUCCCCACUACAUACAGGCCAGAAAUUUCAUUGUCUGUUGAUCCUAGCCAAACAGUUUCCAACGUUCGCUCACGAGCACUUGAGUCCCAGAGUUCAAGUAGUUCCUUAACUAGUAACUCACUUACCUCAGUUAAGAACAGCAGGAGGCGAGGCAGAGGCCGCUUGACGACCUCGUCGACCGAUCCCUCUUCAGCGCCUUCCGUUCCUGAAGGGCCAUCGCAAGAUAUUUCAAAGGAUAAUACCCAACCCUCAAAACCAACUUCUCGACAUCACAAGACCAAUAACUUGCCAACCACAACUCAAGCUACUCCUCCAGUUACCGUCAGAGCAGCCGGUGUGCAGGUAACGCCAUUCACACCGGCUGGCAGCCGUCGCCGCGUUACAAGCUCAAGAGGAACAACCUCUCAAAGACUGCGCGAUCCUCAGCCAGAUUUAGUGUCAGAAGCUUCUGUUGUUAGUAGUGACGGUGGCGCCGAGGUGGCAGUUGGUGGUGAGGAGAGCAGUCAGUCCUCUGGUGCCAGGAAGGUUGUAAAGAAGAAAAUCGUUAUUAACGGCCGCCCGGGAUCUCGUGGAAGUCAAGAAGUUGACACCACAGAAAUAUCCUCCUCAGCCCCAAGGCCUCGUGGAAGACACGAACUUGGCACCCCCCAGGCCUCCACUCCAAGCCCGAGGCCUCGUGGAAGACACGAACUUGGCACCCCCCAAGUCUCGACCCCAGCUACAACAAACCAAGAAGACGAGGAGAAGAGAAAGCAUCAGAUAGCCUUGGAAGCUCUAGCGAAAUUUAAUCCAGCUCUUGCCAACGCCAGAAUCCUUUCAGUGAGAUUUAUCCCAAAAACUAAGAAUAAAUCAGAGAAAAGUACAACAGAAGACCCAAAGGAAACUGCUACCGAUACGCCUCCUGCAGUUGGGUCCUCCAGGUCAAUUAACGGUCAAAGAAGAAACUCGAGGCGCAUCAAUGACGUGGCUACGACCACACCUGCCACAGUGACUCAGUCAUCGAGAGGGACAUCUCGUGAAAGAUUGAGGCCCUUGGCAGUACGUCAGCCUUCAGUGAUAACAACAGAAGCCCCAGCAACAGCAACACCCGUCCCGGCUCCAUUUCAAAGAAGCAGGAAUAGUAACAGAAGAGGUAGUUCUCGUAAAGAAACUCUCCCCACGAAUGAAGUGACAACGACACCAGCCUCGGCUUCCAUAUCCGACUCCAGUGACUCUUCUUUUUCGAAUGAAUUUCAAAGCCAGAGAAGAGGGACUGUAAGGACAGAUCAUGCUUCUAGCAGCCGCAGGAGGGUCCUGAAGAAGGUAACUCCUUUAUCACACGGAAACACGCCAACAGUUACUAAUUCUGAUUCUGCAUCGUCACCUGCAUCAUCAUUUUCAGCGGCAUCCCGUUCUUCAUCGUCUCGUAAUUCAGUUUCGUCGUCCUCUGAUUCUUCUUUGUCUUUAUCGUCAAUCACAACAGAAGAUAAUUUGAGCAGCACUGCCGAAAACUCUGGUGUUUCAUCGGGUCGGAAUCUUCGAGUAGUAGGAACGAGCAUUAAAUCCAGCGUGUCUAGAGUUAGCAACAACAAGGACGACGCCCUUCUCUCUUCUGAGUCUUCAUCUGCAGCAUCCUCGUCAGGCACUUUAUCUCAGAGUAAUAGAUCCACCAGCCACCCUGGUGGCUCUAACAACAGCAGAAGCCCCACCAGGAGAGUUACCAGACCGAAUACUAUAAACACACCCAAGAAGACUUCAAAAGAGGGCGCCACUGAUGACCACAGCUCCACGAAAUCUACCCACAACCCGCUGACUGACGUGGAAAUAGAGGCUCUUUCAGCACUAGCCAACGUCACCACCAGCGUCGGCUCUUCACCCCAAGAAUCCGCACGCGUUUUCCCCGACAUCCUGCCGGAGGCGGAAGACGACACUCGACCCCGAAGAAUCAAUUCCAGACGCACCAAAAACUGGACCUCUCGUGGCAGGUCGAGAAGUGAGAGCAACUCGUGAAGUUAAUCCUGUGAUGGACGAUUUUAAUAUUGCAUUUCUCGCCAUAUGUAUGAGAUCCUGUGUGCAUUAUGUAUGUGACUGAUGUAUUGAAUCCAUGAACCUCAUUAAUGUGUCUCAGACAUUUGCUGAUGACAACAUAGUUUUAACUUGAAUUAUAGGUUACUGUGUACCACAAAUCUGUAUCCAAUGUAAUAUAUUUUCAGAUUUUUACAAAAAUAAAAAAUUUU